AUGGAUGAGGCUCAUCUCGAGUCGCAUUCGGCCGUCGCGGGCUCGUUGUCCGCCGCUGGGCCAGUCGACAGCAAACACUACCUCGCCAACCUCUUCGCCGGCGACACCAUUUCCCGCGCCACCUCGCCCGGCUUGCCCUUGCCCGCCGGCUCCGACGAGGAUGACAAGAAGCGAUACCGCCCUCGAACAUUCAGCUACUUCAAUCUCCUGCCUUACCCCGUCGAGGAGGAGGCCGAGCGCGAUGCCGCCCUGACGGGCAUCCUCAAGAACCUCUACAUCGCCGUCAAGGCUGAAGACUUUUCCCCGGGAGCUCUGCACUGGACUAGAGAGCUGCAGGGAUGGCUCAACUUGAAGUUUGAGAUGACGAGAGACCUGCGCAAGAAGCUUGCUCAGCUCUACUAUCACCUCGCCCUUGCGCCGGGCCUGGACACCAACAGCUCCGAUCGCUUCUCGCGCAUGCUCAUCACCCUGACAAGGAAAAAGCAUUACCUCAAGCCCGGCGACGAUCUGAUCCUCGACUGGCGACCGUUAUGGCGUGAGGUGAAGGGCCUCGUCCUGCCCUCCGAGUCCGGAUCGCAUCAGGGCAUGCGCAGACGAUCCCACAAGCAGCUCAUGAAGCUCUGCCUACAUGCGCAGUCAUACUUUGACCCCCGCGACCGACUCGAGAUCCUCGGCGAGAUGUUGCCCUUCUUUAGCACUUCCGACCUGACCAACGCCUACAUCGUAGUCGCAGCCAUGACGAUCCUCGUGCCCACUGCCCCAGCGCCCUCGACCGUCCCCAGCUCCCAGCCGUCCGACUUCGUGCCGACCUUCUUCCACUUGUGGUCCCUUAUGACUCGGUCCAAGGCUUUCGACGUCUCCUUUAUCGACAUCUUCUCGAGAAUGGCGCGUGACUACUUGGGCUGGAAGGAUGUUGAGUUCGGCCCACACGGCAUCUUCACGAAAGAGCAAUCAGACCUGAUCUUCACUGCCAUCCUUAGGCUGACCGAAAUCCCUGUUGGCCACUCGACAUCUCCCUACACCUCGUUGGACUACUCGUCCGGCUUGGCCCUCUACCUCGAGAAGGACAAGAAGCGCCACCCUGUGCCUUACAUGAUUGCACGGUGGAUAGCCCAUUCUAUAUCGCCGCUGUGCUUGGACCAAGAAAGCUCGAUCAUGAACAAUCUCGAGGGCCUGAUGGAGUCUAUCGACACAUUCUUCCACCCCUCAAACCAGGGUGCUUGGACAAACUUCCUCGCCCAGUUGACCUUUUACCUCACCGACAUCUUCGUCUCUCGCUGGAACAGAGAGCAGAGCGGCGAGUGGGAUAUCCCGCAGGACCGUAGAAUCAAUUCAGAGCUGAAGAAGCGAUUCGUGCUGUCGCUCCGCGAAGUCACAUUCAUGGGCAUUUUUGCCAAAAGCUCCAAGGUGGCCAAUUACUACUACUCAACCCUGCAAGGCUUGACGUAUCUCGAGCCAGAUCUGAUGCUUCCGGGAGCACUGCAGCGCUUUUACCCCAGUUUGCAGGGUCUCGUCGAAGUCCAUCGUACCACGUCCAGUCUGUGUGGCUUGCAGAUGAUUGCAAACAUCAUGUCCAAGCGCAAGGGCUUCAGAUGCCACAUCACGGCCCUUCUGGCCCUCGCCUUACCCGGCAUCGAUGCCAACGAUCUGGGCAAGACACAGUAUACCCUGAAUUUUAUCCAAGCAGUCGCAUACAGUAUCCCUUUCGCGUCAUUGGUGAAGGAAGGCUCAGGUGUGCAUGGCACCGCCUUGGCCAUGGAAUGGGUCCAGGGCGAGAUGGAGCGCAUGGAGCGUGAGGGACAGGAUGUCAAAAUCAAUUACGAAGAGGAGCUGACCGACGAGGAUGAGGCCAACAUUGUUCGCUCUUCCACGGCCGGCUUCGGCGAGUUCAUCCUUGCUCUGCUGGGCAAGGUCUUUACGCUCGUGGAGAAUCUGCCCGACUCUUCCCAACUACGCACUGGCUCGCCCGAGGAUAAUGUCAUCAACACCCUCCCUGCCGCGCUGACACCCCUCUUCGCUUCGCUCUCGCCCGAGCUCUUUGACAUGGCUCUCGAGAAGCUCGUGGGCUUUGUCUCGACUCAUGUCGUACACCAAGCCCGCGAUGCUAUGGCCUGGAUUUGCAAUGCCAUGUGCAAGGUCAAUCCCGAGAAGACAUUGAAGGCCUUCAUUGAGAUGCUCAUUGUCAACAUCCGCAACGAGAUCGACUACAACGGCGCAGCUUCGGACCGCAGCAGUGGGCAGGAUGUGCUCCCUCGGGACCGGGCCCUCGUUUGGCAUGUCAGCAUGCUUAGUAUGUGUGUUGUCCAUGUCGGAAGCGAGGUCGUCAAGUACAAGGACCAGUUGCUCGAGAUCACCAAAUACGUCCAGCUGAAGUGCCGCGGCCUGCCGACCAUACACAUCUCCAACUACGUGCAUCACCUGCUCCUGAACCUGACCAAUACCUACCCGAUGGACAAUGCCCUGUAUGAGCCCGAUGUGAUCAAGCGUGGUCUCGAUGUUGGAGAUUGGGGCCGAACCACGCCGCCAUCGGAACUGACCAUCAAAUGGCAUCGCCCGUCGCCCGAUGAACUUGAAUUUGCGGUCGAGCUGUUCGAGAACCAGGUCAAGGACGCUACACAGAAGCUGGAGUCCUUGAUGGGCGACAACCCUCCAGUGAGCCGAAAGGGAAAGAACAAGGAAUGGUCCGACGAGGUGUCUCGAGCUCUCUCGCAGCUCAGACUCGUCAUUUCGGGAGUGGCUGUGCUCUUCGACCCCAAGCAAGCAUCUGGCGAGGUUGACCGGAACGUCGAUAGCUUAAGAAGGGGUAGCAUCGAUGCUGAGGGCGAUACCUUGAUGGAUGACGAUGAGGAUCCUCUCGCCGAAGUCGCCGACGACGAGGAGCUCAAGAGAGCGUUCCGAUACCCUGCUGGAUACGUGCUUGAUUCCAAGUCUCCACUGUUCAAGACCGUUCACGAGCUGCGAGAGAGCGUGGGCAGUUUGCUGUCGCGGACACACAAGUUUCUCAACGAGAAUCAGGAAGACGACGUCGCGUGCUUCACCGCAUUGUAUAGCGCAUACCGCACCUUGAUCACCGACGUUGGCAUCGAGCGAUCUGCCCACCCUCUCGAGCGGCUCACGCGCCUCUACAAGGCCGAUGUUUCGCCCUUCAAAAUCAGCGGCCUGCGCAAGCAGUACCCUCGUCCUCUUCUGGUCAAGCGUGCUGAUGCAUACCAAUUACAGCGCGUCAAGUACAACGCCGCGUUCCGUCAGAAGAGCGAGCUUGACAAACGCCUCCUGCUGGACCUUGCAGAGUCUUGUACUUCCAUGUACAAUGACGUUCGCCAUGUGGCUCAGGGAGCACAGGACUCGUCACUCAAGGUUCUCAUCGGAGGCAGGCCGCUCGUGAUCCCGGUCAUUCUGGAGAAGUUUGGCAAGUCGCUCGAUGCAAACGAGACCGAGGGCAUCAAGGGCGCCAUGAACGCCCUUCUAUUUACCUCGCUGUUCAAGACACUGAUGCGUGAUUGGCGUUUCGCGCCGGAUCUGAUGCGGAUGUACCUCCGAACCGUCGAGGUCGACAAUCUGAUUAUCCAGAAGCUGGGGACUACUGCUCUCUACGCUUUACUUGACUUUGGUAAGCCCUUUGAGCGCAUGGUCAUCGUGGACGAGAAGGAGGUCGAGGUGAUCAAGCCCGAUGAGGAUUGCUCCAAGACCAUCACAACGCGCCACGAGUUCAUCAAGGAGCGGCGGAAGAAGGUCGAGGCCAAGAAGGCCGCGCUGGGCAUCGAGCUCACAGAAAGGGCCAGGACGGCUCACUGGAAAGUCGCGUCCAGGUGUGCAGUCUUUGCCACCAACUUGUGCCUUCGCUUUGACUCCCUUGCACCCCCCGAAUUUAUCGACUUGGUCGCCUACGGUACCAAUGAUACCCACCCAGGUCUGCGGGCAAGCUACCAGUCCGCCUUUUCCAACGUAUUCACGACGAUUGAGAUGCGUGCUACCCACAAGCAUGAUUUCAAGCGAUACCUGUUAGAGGAGGACGAUGACCCAAACGACAUUGAAAUCCAGGUACCCCAGGACGACCCCGAGUGGACGCAGAGAUAUCUGAGUGCAUUCGAGAGCUUUGACACUCCAGAGUACUUUGUGGACAACGACUAUCCGGGUUGGCUCGUGUGGGACAAGAAGUUCAAGGCCGCUCGCGCAACUCCCCGUCCAUUCAAGGACUACGACUCUACGGAGAGGGCAGCUCGUGAGCAGAUUGGCAAGAUCCUGACCAAGGAGUGGCUCAAGGCCUGCUUUGAGUACAUGAAACAGGAGCCGCGCGAUGCUAAUGCCGAUAGGUUUCGGAUGCAUAACGUCGUGAUGCUCAUGGACGUUUUUGACCUCAUGGAGUUUGGCAAGACGGCUGCGACCUUUGAAGACGUUGUUGAUCUGGUCAAGGAGAUAUAUGGCGACGGAAGCGACAAGCACCAGCAUCGCGCGACUGCCGAGAUCAUCGGCGCUUUGCUCACCAUUGGCACCGAUGCGCCACGAGAAGCUCGAGAUCGUAUCUGGGGCUUUGCGGCAAACAUGAUGCUCAAGAUCAUCUCUGAUGACUUGACGCCGGACAACCUGGGUUACUGGGUUACGUGCCUGCACCUCACUGUCGAGUCCAAAGAUCCUCGCCGCUCUCGUGAGCUUAUGAAGACCCUCUGCUCCUUCCGCCUGGACAUGUCUUCCAAUGCCGCGUUCAAGGAGUCAUCCAAGGUCCAGCUGCUCGAAUUUGUCAUUAACGAUGCUGGCUGGCACUUCCGUCACGAGAAGCCCAUCCUGGAAGACUUCCUCGCCCACAUCGACCACCCAUAUAAGGCUGUGCGCGAGUCCAUAGGUCGCGUCAUUGCUGCUGUCUACCGCACGCGCUAUCACGAGUCUUUCCCCAGCGUCAACGCUUUGCUCGAGCAGAACAAGGCCGAAUCAUCCAUUGGCAUUCGGCCCUACGAGCCGUCGCAGGACCUCACAGCCACGAUUACCGAGGUGUUUGGUCGGAUCGAGAAGUGGCGGCACGAGCGCCAACCAGGACAACAGACGCCCAGCAGCUACACGUCCGGGUCGAAGACAGUGCUCAUCUGGCUCGACACGGUGCUAACCUCGCAGGAGUGCACGCAGCUGGUCAAGUUCUUCCCGGACCCGCUCAUGGACCAGCUCCUGCAUAUGAUGGACGUCAAGGAGGACCCGGAGCUCAUGCGGCUGGCGUACCACGUCUACCGACAUUUGUCCAACAUCCCCCUGCGGCCCGGCGAGGACGAGGCCGUGGUCAAGGCGCUGAUCCGGAUCGGUCGAUCGGGCCCGUCGUGGCACCAGCGCCUGCGCGCGCUCGUCAACAUGCAGGUCAUCUACUUCCGGCGGCUCUUCCUGACGGGCCCCCAGCAGCGCACGCAGCUCUUCGACGCCGUGGGCGACAUGCUGGCGGACCCGCAGCUCGAGGUGCGCGACUCGGCGGCCGACACCCUGGCGGGCAUGAUCCGGUGCUCGCCGGCGAGCAUCCGCAACCCCAUCAUCGCGGCGCUCAAGGACAGGUUCGAGACGCAGCUGCGGCUGAACCCGAUGCCCAAGCGCAAGGCGCCCGGCACCGACACGCCCGUCGACGCGAACAAGCAGGUCACGCGGCGGCACGCGGCGGUGCUGGGCCUCGGCGCGCUGAUCGAGGCGUUCCCCUACGCCACGCCGCCGCCGGCCUGGAUGCCCGAGGUGCUGGCGCUGCUGGCGACGAGGGCGGCCAACGACCCGGGCGUCGUGGGCAAGGCGACCAAGCAGAUCCUCGGCGACUUCAAGAAGACGAGGCAGGAUAGCUGGAGCGUUGAUCAGAAGUACUUUACGCCUGAACAGUUGGAGGAUCUGGAGGGUGUGCUGUGGAAGAGCUACUUUGCGUAA